AUGUCUGUGAGUCGAUGGGCACACAGAGCAACGAUUGUUCCCCAUGGUUAUGGUAUUAUUGGUGGCGGACACAAUAGUUCAUCAGAACUUGACAGUCUCCGAUUGUACAAUAGUAGCUCGAAUACUUUUAUGCCUAUCUCUGCAAGAAUGUCGAUGGCACGUUAUCAGCAUACAGCCACUUAUAUGCCAUCAAUCAAUGCUAUUCUUUUUGCGGGUGGUUGGUCUGCUAUCAACGGUUCUCUUAAUAUAUAUGAAGUAUUCGAUAUAUCUACACUCGCUUUUGUACGAUAUGGGAAAAUGUUAAGUAAGCGAGAAUGGUAUGCAGCGACACUACUUACAACUAGGGUUGUACUAUUCAGCGGUAGCAAUAACGGUAUUACUAACGUAACAACAUGUGAAAUUUAUGAUCCACCCACUGAUAUCUUUACGUUGGCCAGCAAUAUGCCCUUCGCUAGAAGAUUACAUACUGCCACGCUUAUGACCAGUUCGGGUCAGGUAAUGGUUUGUGGUGGCCAAGGAACAUUCAGUACGCUCAAUAGUUGUGGAAUUUACAUACCGUGA